GUACAUUAUGACCCGUCACUCACAGAAUCAAACUGACCGAGCCUUCAUAACUAGCGAUGAGCGAAGGAAGUGUGGAUUUGGUCAGAUGACCGAGCGCAUUGGAGCCGAGUCGCAGCUACCGUUUGGGAUGUGCUGUAUAUCACUUCGACCUGCUAAGGAGCCUAUGGCCUCACCAACGACUGGUUAUAUUUACGACAAGUCCACCGUCGUGGAGUAUUUGGUGAAGGAGCGUAGCCGAAUAAAGGAGGAGCUGCGACUAUACGAGCAGCAGGAGGCCAAUAAGAAGGCAUAUGAGGAUCUCAAGGAACAUCAAAAAGAUGCUCAACGGGCGCAGAAGUUCCAGACAACUAUGUCCGAAUUAGGGCAGCAGAGCGAGUCUAGUAGUGUGUCGAGAAACAAGGACGAGGCAGCGCGAUCUGUCGGUGUGUCGAUCCCAUGGGAGAACAAGACCGAGGCUCGAGCGAAGUCAUUCUGGGCUGCUGAAGAGAUGCCCGAGUUCCAGGGAGACGUUAAGAAGCCUGAAAGUCUGGUCCCAAGAUGCCCAAUGACGGGUAAGAGGUUGCGGUUGAAGGAUCUGGUGCCGGUUAAGUUUGAGUUGGCCAACAACGCGAAGGGUAAAGACACUGAGUAUUCCGGUAUGUAUUGUUGUGCUGUGUCGAAGAAGCCUAUCACUCAUCAGAAAUGUGUAUUAUUGCGGCCCUCUGGCGUGGUCAUUAUCGAGAAAGUGUUCGACGAGUUGGUGCGGAAUUCGCCUGAGCCCCGGUGUCCGGUUACUGGUAAGAAGUUGGAUCUGAAGAAGGACGUUAUACACUUGCAGUCUGGCGGCACGGGUUUCUGUUCUCACAACAAGGUGGAGAUAAGCCGGGACUCGUUACUCCGACCCAAGGGCAGCGAGAUGGGCACUAGGGCCCUGAAGAUCUAAGUUAGGGCUCGAGUUUUG